CCAACUCAUCCCAAGUUCUUCAUAAACCUCCGAAAUCUGAAUUGACUUAGUCCGUACAGAUAAACCAACCUUAUACUUGCCAGAGCUUAGCAAAGCUCCUGUAGUACCGUCGUUGCAGUAUAUUAUUUAACCAACAACUGAAGUACACCACCAACGAACAACUGACAUCUCAACUUGUUUUCUUAUCAGUUUCAAACACAUAUCACAUCCAUCUAUAUGGAUUCGCAACAAGCGAGACCGAUGUCACAAGCAAGCAUCUACGACACCUUCCGAGUGUUACGAACGGUGGUGGCCCCAACCCUCGCCAAAGGCGUCAUUAAACGUCGGCCCUGGAUUGAAGCGAUGGCACAGCACCUCGGUCUCGACACAGACGCAGUACAACUCUUGCAGGAGCUGCGGAAGAAAUACGGGAGCGGACCGCUGACUCUGUGGCUUCCCUUCCGAACCCAAGUCGUCCUUCUCGACAGCAAGGACGUCGCCAAUGUGCUCAAUGGAACCCCCAUUCCCUACGGCUCGGCAACCAAGGAAAAGAAGUCCUCUCUGGCGCACUUUGAGCCGAACCACAUUCUAGUAGCCGAGCCCGAACGCCGCGCCCAACUACGACCCGUCCAUGAGCAGGCCCUUGCAACCAGCGAGCGAGUCCACCCGUCUGCGGAUCACUUCCAGCGCGUCAUCAACGAAGAGAUUGGAUUCCUCUUCCCGUCCGCCGAUAAUGAAACCACCCUCGACUGGCCGACUUUUUCGGCCGGCUGGUUCCGCAUCGUCCGUCGCGUCAUCCUCGGCGAUGCCGCCCGUUCCGACGACGAGGUAACAAACCUCCUGGACGACAUCCGCUACCGCGCAAACUGGGGCUUCAUGGCGCCCGCCAACGACACCAAACUCGACGCCGUCCAAUCUCAACUCUCAAAAUACAUCCAAUCUGCCGAGCCAAACAGCCUUGUCUCGCGCCUGCCCAGGGACCCGUCCUCCAAAUCCCCCGACCUCGAAUCCCAAAUCACCCACUGGCUCUUCGCCUUCGAUGCAGUCGGCAUCGCCACAUUCCGCGCCCUGGCGCUCCUAGCCAGCCAUCCGGAUGCGCAAAGCAAGGUCGCAGGCGAAGCUAGCAUCAACAGCAAGUCCGCCGCCCGCCCAUACGCCCGCGCCGUGUUCCUCGAGUCGGUCCGCCUCUGGCCCACAACGCCCGCCAUCUUGCGCGAGCUGAACGAGGAUGCCACGCUCGGCGGGCAGCAGCUGGCCAAGGGCACGGGGGUGGUGAUCUUCGCCCCCUUUUUCCACCGUGACACGGAGAAGUUGGAGUUUGCGGAUGCGCUGGCACCGGAGCAGUGGCUGGGCAAGGAGGGGGAGGUUGACAUGGUCAGGGCGUUGGUGCCGUUUAGUGCCGGCCCGGCUAUCUGUCCUGCGCAUCGCCUUGUGCCGAUGCUAGCGGGGUUAGUCAUGGGUGAGGUCGUUGGAAAGGCAAACGUUGGGUUGGUGGCGCCGGAUUUGGAGUCCGGGAAGCUGCUGCCAGGAACGUUGGACCAUUCCUCGAUACAGUUGAGGUUGGAGAGGCACUGAAAGGGUUUCAGGGGCCUCGGUACAACGUUGUGAGUAUUCUGCUGGGGAUGUGACGGCUUUGUCAGAUAAUGUGGGCGGUUUAUAUGAUGCUACGACUGGAUUGCCCGUUAACACUCUUGUAUAAUCUCUGCAGCUUGGGCAAAUGCGAUGGCUACGCCUUACCAGCGAGUUGCUGGCAGGGUUCGGGCACACCAUUCCUACAUCCGCACAUCAGUUCUAUUUUUUAAGAGGAAUUCAGUGC